CCGCCCCGCCGCGCUCGAGGCAUCGGCGGUAGGGGCGCCGGUGGCGCGCGUUGUCCCGUGGCGCAGCCCCGGGCCGGCAGGGGGCGCCGGCCGGCGGAAGCGGCGCCGUUUCCAGGUAACGGCCGCGCGGCCGGGGCCGGUUCCGGUGGCGGGGCCGGUUCCGGGGCGAUGAACGACGGGGCCGGGCGGCGACGGCGGCGGCUGGUGCUGCACGUGGACCUGAACAAUACGGUGGUGGCGGCAGACGCGGUGUCGGGGCAGGGCCCGCGGGCGGCGCUCAACAGCUUCCUCAGCACCGUCACCUGGGGCCGCGCCGGAGCCGCCGGCGAGUGGCAGUGGGCAAGUGACCGCCCCUCCCUGGGUCCCCCCUGCCCCGGUGCCCUCAGCUACUACCGCUGCCACGGCCGGGACCCCGCCUUCACCGAGACGGACCCGGGCCGGUGCUUCAGCAGCCUGCAUGCCCGCCACCUGCGGCUGCUGGAGUGGCCGGGCCAGCCACACGAUGUCCUCUCGGUGCAGGGGGAACCGGACCUGCGCUACCACCUGAUCCUGCCUGCCUUCUUCCGCCUCCUGGACACCCUGCACCGGGAGGGGAGGGCGUUCUCUGUCAUCUUCAGGACCUUCGGCACAGACCUGCCCCGUGCCCUCCGGGCCGUCAGCUGCGCCCUGGCUGGGCAGCACCCCCAGUUCCCCACCCUGCGGGAUGUGGCGCUCCCUGUGGACCUCACCCCUGGCCGGAUUCGCUGCAGCAAGCGAGAGGUGGUGCUAACAAGGGGAGCAGAGCGGCUGGCCACCCGGGAAGAUGGAAGAAAGCUUUAUGAUUACUUCAGCUCCUUUCAGGGAAUUGGAGGCUUCCAAGACCACUUUGACUGGUGGGCCAGGAAUCAGUUUUCUUCCCAGGGUGGGAAGCCCCUGUGGAUUGACCCUCACGAUCCCAGUGUUCACCACAUAUUCAUCGAUGACAACAUCCGGCUGGACGAUGCAGACACCAUUGUUCAUCCACAGGUGUUUUCAGAGCAGGGCAGCAGCAGCCCCAGGUGUGCUCCCACCUCGGAGCUGUACAACGUUUGCCUGGUGCAGACUGACCUGCUGGAGGCCAUUGCCGACGAGGACUAUUUCCUGCGCUGCGUGAGGAGAUGUGAGGAGAACUACGAACGCUACCUGGCCUGUGCAGGGAAGGAUACCCUGAGCCAGCAGUAGGAUGGACAGUGAUGCAACUUCUCAGGGCUGAGGGGCUCUGGACUGGGAUACUCCCUGCUUCCUGGUGCAGGCAGGCAAAGUCCCAGGCUGGGCUCCUGCUUCAAGCUGUCCCCUCUCUGGUGUGUGACGUGCCUGCUCGGUCCUGCCAGGAGCCUCCAUGCCCAAGCACAAGCAUCCAGGGAGCCUGUGUGAUGGGAUCCCUGGGGGAAAUUACUUCCCUUUUCUGGGCGGCACUGGGGAGCUGCCUGCCUGGCUGGGGCCUCUCUGCAGGCAGUGCCGCCCGUGGUGCCUGCUGCCGUGUGAGGGCCACGGCUGCAAUGCCAGCAGCCACGCAGUGUUACACUCCCCACUCCCGCACCAGUGACUGGUACAGAGCAGGUGCCGGGGUGAGCGCAGUGUUAUCGGUGGCGUGCCCAAGUGCUGCCUGCGCUGUGGUGUUCUCCGCAGCAGAGCUAGCAAUGCCAUGGCACUCCUGCCUGUUUUUAAAGCAAACCUUUCUAGCUCGUU